GGAAAGCGAUGGACGGCGUAUUGAAAAAGUAAGACGGGGAGGGGAGGGGGAGUUGCCGAAGCGGACUUUUGAAAAUUAGAGAGAGAGAGAGAGAGAGAGAGGGGAUCUGUUGUUGGAAGGAGGUGAAGUGAUGGGGGUGUGGGAUGGAAUCAUGCAAGUAACUAAGUUGGCGCAGGAGAAGAAGACAGACCCUCUUCUAUGGUCCAUCCAGGUCAGCUCCGCCCUCAACUCCGGCGGCGUCUCCCUCCCUUCCAUCGAGCUGGCCCACCGCCUGGUCUCCCACAUCUGCUUCGACAAUCACCUUCCCAUGACCUGGAAGUUCCUCGAGAAAGCCAUGUCCCUCCGCCUCCUCCCUCCCUUCCUUGCCCUCUCCCUCCUCUCCUCCCGCGUCCUCCCUCUUCGCCGCCUCCACCCCUCCGCCUACACUCUCUACAUGGACCUCCUCAGCCGCCACGCCUUCUCCCUCCUCAUCCACUUCCCCAAUUACCCCUCCGUCAUGUCCUCCAUCCAUCAUCUUCUUCACUUCUCCCAACUCUAUUCCUCCCUCGACCCUCAUCCCGGCGUCGUUCUCGUUCUCUUUCUCUUCACUCUCGUCUCUCAGCUUCUCGAAGCCUCCUUGUCCGACGAAGGAUUGCUCCAGCACUCCCCCCGCUUCCUCCCCGUCGAUCCCGCCGAUAUCGUCAUCGACAACAACGAUGCCUUGCGCCGGAAAAACACUGCUAUGGCCAUUCAGAUUAUUUCUCGCUUUCUUCACCACAAACUCACUUCCCGGAUCCUUGCAUUGGUUCAGCGAAACAUGCCAGCGCAUUGGGGACCUUUUCUUCACCAGCUGCAGCGGCUUGCAGCAAACUCCACCUUGUUGAGGAGCUUGAAGCACGUCACUCCUGAGUCCCUCUUGCCUUUGGAUUUCAACUCCCCUACUGGGAUUAAGCUUCUGUGUUCUGAGUGGAAAACAACACCUACACUGGAACUCAAUGCUGUCAUGGCCGACUCUUGUGCUGUUCAGUCUCGUCACGAUAGUUGGUCUUUGCUUUGGCUUCCUAUUGAUCUUAUCCUUGAGGAUGCAAUGGAUGGCAAUCAUGUUGCAGAAGCUAGUGCUGUUGAAGCACUUACUGGGUUGGUUAAGGCUUUGCAAGCUGUUAAUGGUACUGCAUGGCACAGUGCCUUUUUAGGUUUAUGGAUUGCAGCACUACGGCUAGUUCAAAGGGAGAGGGAUCCAGGAGAGGGGCCUGUACCUCGCCUUGAUACCUGCUUGUCUAUGUUAUUGAGCAUUACAACCCUUGUAGUUGCUAACCUUAUUGAAGAAGAGGAAGGCGAACUUAUUGAAGAAGCUGAACAUAGCCCUGCAAAUCAAAGGAUGGACAAACAGGCUUUGGGAGAACGUCAUGGGGAAUUGGUUACCAGCUUACAGCUAUUGGGUGAUUAUGAGAAUUUACUCACUCCUCCUCAAUCUGUUAUUUGGGGAGCCAAUCAGGCUGCUGCCAAGGCUACCUUGUUUGUAUCAGGACAUAGUGGAUACUUGGAACAUACGAAUGUGAAUGACUUGCCCACAAACUGUUCUGGUAACUUAAGGCAUCUAAUUGUUGAGGCUUGUAUUGCAAGACAUCUUCUUGAUACCUCAGCUUAUUUCUGGCCUGGUUAUGUGAGCGCACCUUUCAAUCAGCUGCCUCAUAGUAUUCCUAACCAUUUACCUAGCUGGUCAUCAUUGAUGAAGGGAUCACCACUAACUCCUCCAUUGGUUAAUGUCUUAGUUGCAACUCCUGCUUCUAGCUUAGCAGAGAUUGAGAAAGUAUUUGAAUUUGCAAUCAAAGGCUCGGAUGAAGAAAAGAUAUCUGCUGCUACCAUUCUUUGUGGGGCAUCUUUAGUACGUGGUUGGAAUGUGCAGGAACACAUAGUAUUUUUCAUCAUAAAGAUGCUUUCACCUCCAGUUCCUCCUAAAUAUUCUGGGACAGAAAGCUAUUUGAUUAGCCAUGCUCCUUUUUUGAAUGUCUUUCUGGUGGGAAUUUCAUCUGUUGACAGUGUUCAGAUAUUCUCCCUACAUGGCGUGGUUCCACUACUUGCAGCUGUCUUAAUGCCAAUAUGUGAAGCUUUUGGAUCAUCUGUUCCUAAUGUCUCAUGGACUGCUGUAACCGGUGAAAAACUCACUUGUCAUGCAGUGUUCUCUAAUGCAUUUAUUCUCCUGCUGAGAUUAUGGCGGUUUGAUCGUCCACCUGUUGAACAUGUGAUGGGGGGUGCAGCAACCCCAGCAUUAGGAUCACAAUUAGGUCCUGAGUACCUUUUAUUGGUUCGGAAUUGUAUGUUAGCAUCCUAUGGGAAAUCUCCGAGAGAUCGAGUAAGAAGUAGAAGAUUUUCAAAAAUGAUAAGUUUUUCUCUCGAGCCCUUAUUUAUGGAUUCCUUUCCAAAAUUGAACAUUUGGUAUCGGCAACAUCAAGAAUGUAUUGCUUCCACCUGCAAUACUCUUGCACCUGGAGGGCCAGUUUCUCAGAUCGUUGAAGCACUACUUAGCAUGAUGUGCAAGAAAAUAAAUAGAAGUGCUCAGUCAUUGACGCCUACAACUUCAGGAAGCAGCAAUUCAUCUCUUUCUUCAUUGGAUGAUGCUUUGAUGAAACUCAAAGUGCCUGCAUGGGACAUCCUUGAAGCAACUCCAUUUGUUCUUGAUGCUGCUCUCACUGCUUGUGCUCACGGAAGACUCUCUCCUCGUGAAUUGGCUACAGGUCUCAAAGAUCUUGCUGAUUUUCUUCCGGCAACUUUGGGUACCAUUGUAAGCUACUUAUCAUCUGAAGUAACACGUGGCAUAUGGAAGCCUGCUUUUAUGAAUGGAACUGAUUGGCCAAGCCCUGCUGCAAAUUUAUCUAUUGUUGAGCAACAAAUCAAGAAAAUUCUAGCGGCCACAGGUGUUGAUGUCCCUAGCCUUGCUAUAGAUGGGAAUGCUCCAGCUACACUUCCUUUGCCAUUGGCGGCUUUUCUGAGUCUCACAAUAACAUAUAAACUGGAUAAAUCUUGUGAGCGCUUCGUUGUUUUGGCUGGCCCAUCUUUGAUUGCCCUUUCUUCUGGUUGCCCCUGGCCAUGCAUGCCCAUUGUAGGUGCUUUGUGGGCUCAGAAGGUGAAGCGCUGGAGUGACUUUUUUGUAUUCUCUGCUUCUGCAACUGUAUUCCACCAUAGCAGGGAUGCCGUAGUUCAGCUCUUAAGAAGUUGCUUCGCCUCCACCCUUGGGCUUGGUUCCGCCUGCAUUUAUAACAAUGGUGGUGUUGGCACCCUCCUUGGUCAUGGCUUUGGUUCUCACUACUCCGGAGGGUUCACUCCGGUUGCUCCUGGGUUUCUCUACUUAAGAGUUUACAGGUCUAUUAGAGAUGUGAUGUUCUUGACAGAUGAAAUUGUAUCUCUUUUAAUGCUUUCAGUUAGAGAUAUAGCAAAUGGUGGGUUGCCCAAGGGUGAAGUGGAGAAGCUAAAGAAGACUAAGUAUGGAAUGAGAUAUGGACAGGUUUCUCUUUCUGGAUCGAUGACACGUGUUAAGCAUGCCGCUCUUCUUGGGGCUUCGUUUCUUUGGAUAUCUGGUGGUUCAGGUUUGGUUCAAUCUUUGAUUACAGAAACUCUGCCUUCAUGGUUUUUAUCAGCCCAAGGGUUAGAGCAGGAAGGGGGAGAAUCUGGAGUUGUGGUUGCUAUGCUGAGAGGUUAUGCACUUGCAUGUUUUGCGGUACUUGGUGGGACAUUUGCCUGGGGUAUCGACUCUUCGUCACCAGCAUCAAAACGACGGCCAAAGGUCCUUGAGAUUCAUUUAGAAUUUCUUGCAAAUGCACUAGAUGGAAAAAUAUCUCUUCGCUGUGAUUGUGCUACUUGGCGUGCGUAUGUGUCUGGGGUUAUGAGCUUGAUGGUGAGUUGCACACCACUGUGGAUCCAGGAACUUGAUGUGGGUAUAUUGAAGAGAAUGAGCAACGGAUUAAGACAGUUGAACGAAGAAGACUUGGCUCUGCACCUAUUAGAAAUUAGAGGGACAAGCGUCAUGGGUGAGGUAGCUGAAAUGAUCUGCCAAACUAGAUUAUAACCGGGCAGAACUUGGGAGCAUGGUGCAUAUGUGAUGAUACCAAGACCUUAUGGAAAAUGACACUUGUUUUGCUAGCUACCUUCUACCAUUUCUGUACAUAGCAAUGUAAAUUUCAUAAUUUUGUAUUACCCCCAUUGAAUUUAGAUCAGUUACGUUUAGGUAAUAGUAUAAACCUUUGAUCAUAAUAAGUAUUAUAGCAGAUAUUGUCUUCAUGUGUACUUGUAGCGUUAACAGAUUUCCUAAACUGUGAGCAGUUGGUUAUACAUUUAGCAAUAGUACUAGUAUGUUUUCGGGUA